AUGAAAUCGGCCAUCGCCUUGACCCUCAUCCUUGUCGUCGCGGCUCAGACCGCUGACUGGCACAAAAUACAAUCGUACGGAAGCGCCAUCGGGGCCUCUCACGCCAAUUUAAACAUCAUCCGUGGAGCUGUCGUACCCCCUGGACUUCUUCCAUUCCAGGUUCUGAUUGCGAUUGACGGCGACCUGACUGAUAUCUGUGGUGGAUCCCUCAUUAAGGCAGACAAAGUGCUGACUGCUGCUCAUUGUUGCGACGGAGCGAAAUUUUUCGGGGUCUUCCUUGCCACUAUAAACUUUGCAAUUGAGGAACCCAACCGGAAGUAUGUCACGACCACUUCAUUCAAGAUUCACGAGAAAUACACCAAUAUAAGUGACUACGAUAUCUGCGUUAUUCACCUGGACGAAGAGGUUCGUGGCGAAGGCAUCGCCACCAUCCGGCUGCCGUCUCGCUCUCAGGUCAAAACAACCUUCGACGGAUUCAGAGCUACCAUCGCUGGCUGGGGAAACACCAAAAAUAAUGACCACAGUAACACUGUGCUUAGGUACACGGACCUCAUCAUCAUGAAGAAAACCUUCUGCAGCCAGUACUAUAAUGAUUUUGAUGCAGAGAAACUGAUGUGCACGUACAACGUUGUUUACGCAUCUGCUACAUGCAAAGGAGACUCUGGUGGCCCCCUUAUCAUCACCGAGUCGGACGGAGUGAAGACCCAAGUUGGAAUCCUCAGCUUUGGUCCUAAACCAGGGGUUGGCGGCUGCGAAUCGCAUCGACCCGACGGCCACGUCAGACUCACAGCUCACCUUGACUGGAUUAAAAGUGGGCUGGAGUAAAAAUCCGCCCUUAAAACUACUGCUGUUAUCGAGGACCGU